GGCAGCCAACCCGGAAGGCGGAAGAGCCGGUUAGGACAGUUGGGGUUGGGGGCGCAGAGUGUGUUAACCAAUGACCUGAAGGAGUAGGGAGGGCGAGAUUAGGCCCGGAGUUGCUUAACGCUACUCUGGUGGGGGGUGAUUUACGAAAUGGGGUGAAGAGUGCUUCAAUGGCCCUCCAAGUCACCAUUCUUCUGGCCCGCGGAAGUUAAGCAACGCAGAGGCGGGCCUGAGACCGGAAGCAGGAAGGAGUGCGCAGGAAGCAGGGCGCCGUAGCCAGUCGCGCUGUAGUUCCGUGGGUCUGUCGGUCCCGAGGGCAGGAUGGAGAAGCUGCGGCUCCUGGGCCUCCUCUACCAGGAGUACGUGACUCGUCACCCGGCCGCCACGGCCCAGCUGGAGACGGCAGUGCGGGGCCUCAGUUACCUGCUGGCAGGUCGUUUCGCCGCUUCGCACGAGCUGUCAGAGCUGGUGUACUCUGCCUCUAACCUGCUCGUGCUGCUCAAUGACGGGAUCCUACGGAAGGAGCUUCGAAGAAAGUUACCUGUGUCCCUGUCCCAGCAAAAGCUGCUGACAUGGCUGAGCGUGCUGGAGUGCGUGGAGGUGUUCAUGGAGAUGGGGGCUGCCAAGGUGUGGGGCGAAGUGGGACGUUGGCUCGUCGUUGCCCUCAUCCAGCUGGCCAACCACCUCCCCCCGCCAGCCUCGCCGUACUCCCAACCCAGGGCUGUACUGCGGAUGUUCCUGCUGAUCUGGUUCAAGGCUGGCCUCCAGACCUCACCCCCCAUCGUUCCACUGGACAGGGAGACCCAGGCACAGUCCCAGGAUGGUGACAGCAGCCCUGGCAGCCGGGAGCAGUCAUAUGUGGGGAAGCGGUCAAACCGAGUGGUGCGAACUCUCCAGAACACUCCGUCUCUGCACUCAAGGCACUGGGGAGCCCCCCAGCAGCGGGAGGGACGGCAGCAGCAGCAGCACGAGGAGCUGAGCGUCACCCCCACCCCGCUGGGGCUGCAGGAGACCAUCGCAGAGUCCUUGUAUAUUGCCCGGCCCCUGCUGCACUUGCUCAGCCUGGGCCUAUGGGGUCAGCGGUCGUGGACACCCUGGCUCCUGUCUGGUGUCGUGGAUGUGACCAGCCUGAGCCUCCUGAGCGAGAGGAAGGGCCUGACCCGGAGGGAGCGGCUGGAGCUGCGGCGCCGGACCAUCUUGCUGCUCUACUACCUGCUGCGCUCCCCGUUCUACGACCGCUUCUCUGAGGCCAAGAUCCUCUUUUUGCUCCAGCUGCUGGCAGACCAUGUCCCAGGCAUUGGCCUGGUCACAAGGCCACUCAUGGAUUACUUGCCUACCUGGCAGAAAAUUUAUUUCUACAGUUGGGGCUGACAGACAUUCCACAAUUGGGGUGUGGGGAAGGGCAGGGGGUGCCUCAACCCUUCAGUCCCCUGGUCCCCUCUGCCCUAAUAAAACUGACUCUGGCAGUGUCCAA